UCUCUGUUGAAGUGUUGUCGGGAACGCGCGUGAGUCUGGGAUGUAACUUAGCGUAUACAUCCGUCGCUUGUUGGACCAGCGUUUAUUUAGUUUAUUUAGUGACACUACAACAGAAUGAAUGAGCCCGAAGGACUGCGGUUAAGGAGGUUGAACAGACCUCAAGUAAUUAGAGAUGAAGCCCAUGAACCCCAGUACAAAAGCACAAGCACUUACAGUGGGAAGGUGUUUCGUGUGACAUUCCUGACACUAGUGUCUCUUGUGCUCUUCCCACUGCUCGUGCUCGUGUUCCUGCUGGAGUCUCCCAUUCAUCCAGAGGUGUUCAGUCUGAAUGAACCCCCUCUGAUGACUGGCUGUUACGAGCCCAACCUAAAACUCAGACAGGCCGAGCGACUGUUUGAGGAUCUGCUCAUCGGCCCAGAAUCCCUUGCUAACAUUGGAGAUGUUUUCUACACUGGGACAGCGGAUGGAAAGAUCGUCAAAAUCGAGGGAAGGAACAUUCAUGUAUUAGCAACACUUGGCAAGCCACCGUGUGGCUCUCCGGAGCAUGAACACACCUGUGGACGUCCUCUGGGAAUCCGUGUGGGGCCCAAUGGCACUUUGCUUGUAGCCGAUGCCUAUUUGGGACUGUUUGAGGUCAAUCCUGUCACAGGUGAGGUGAAGUCUCUGGUGAGCACAGGGAAGAUGAUCGGUGGUCGGCGUCUGGGUUUUGUCAAUGAUCUGGACGUGACUCGCGAUGGGAAGAAGGUGUACUUCACGGACUCCAGCAGCAGAUGGCAGCGCAGGGACUUCAUGCACCUGAUCAUGGAAGCCACGGCAGAUGGACGUCUGCUGGAGUAUGAUACAGAAAGCAAGGAAGUGACCGUGAUGAUGGAGAACCUGAGGUUUCCAAACGGCAUCCAGCUCUUCCCUGAUGAGGAGUCUGUUCUCGUGGCUGAAACCACGAUGGCCAGAAUAAGGAGGAUUCAUGUUUCUGGUCUCAUUAAAGGAGGUAUGGAUACAUUUAUAGACAACCUCCCGGGAUUUCCUGACAACAUCCGGCGCAGUUCUUCCGGUGGAUACUGGGUCUCCAUGUCCGCUGUGAGACCCAACCCUGGCUUCUCCAUGCUGGACUUCCUGUCCCAAAGACCCUGGUUAAAGAAGUUCAUAUUUAAGCUCUUCAGUCAGGACACUCUGUUGAAGUUCGUGCCGCGCUACAGUCUGGUGGUGGAGCUGCAGGACGGAGGGACAUGCGUGCGCAGCCUCCACGACCCGCACGGCAUGGUGGCGGCGUACAUCAGCGAGGCUCACGAGUACAACGGCCAGCUGUACCUGGGCUCCUUCCGCUCGCCGUAUCUGUGCAAGCUGGAUCUGAGCAAAGUGUGACACAUCA